CUUUGGUCUUCUGAACAGGGCCAAAUAGACCAAAAAAAAAAUCUAAACUGUAAAAAAAAAACUACAUCAACAAACCCAACCAAAAUUUAAAAUUUUCUUUCUCACUAUGUAUUUGAAAAGAAGCUCAACUGUAAAAUACUUUAUCGCAGCCUUUGUCGGUGCAGCUUUGUAUUGUGAAUGGUUCGUCUACGUUAUUCAGCCUCAAUAUUGGCAAGGGCUGGGAUGCGACGGCCACGAUGCUGCUUGCACCAAAGUUUUAUUCAUUGCGGACCCUCAGAUACAGGGUGAUUUGGCGGUUCCUCCACCGCUAAGCUACCUUUUCAACUGGGACAGCGAUCGAUAUCUAAAGGCAACAUUUACAGUAGUAUCAAAGUAUUUUCAACCAGAUAUAUUGGUUUAUAUGGGUGAUCUAAUGGAUGAAGGAUCAAUUUCAACAAUACCUCAGUUUCAUGGAUAUGUGAAGAGACUUUCCAGUAUAUUUAAUAUUGAAAGCCCUGUUUUGCAAAUAUGGCUGCCGGGUGACAAUGAUAUUGGUGGUGAAAAUGAACCUGUUAGCAGAGAAAAAGUUGCUGAAUUUGAUAAAGUUUUCAAUCAACCUUCAACAAUCACUUACAGCAAUAUCACAUUUUACAAAGUUAAUGGAAUGACAUACACAUUCCCUAAAAAUAUUCAAGGUGCAGAUGAGAACAAUAUAAACAUUGUGGUUUCCCACUAUCCAAUAACAACCCGAACUGUUUUUAGUAUGCAGUUGAUCAAAGAAAUACACCCAAAUAUAUUUUUUUGUGCUCACGAUCAUGAAUCAAAGUAUGUGACACAAAACAAAGAUCUCACACACAGAAGGACACAUAGCUAUGGUUAUGGAGAAGCUAUCUUGAAUAUAUCACUUGACGAAGAUACUUUGUAUGAAGUUUAUGUGCCAACUUGUUCAUACAGAAUGGGUACAAGUAAAAUUGGCUUUGGAGCUGCUAUUCUGGACGACAAGAACCAUCUGCUGAGGUAUACAGUCUUCUGGUCUCCAACAAGGUUUCCGUAUUUAUUAUUCUACUUGGCUGUUUUAAUAUUUAUAGUGUGGUAUUUCAUACUAUUCUGUGCUGCUCGACUAAUUCAUAGACAACCUAAUAUUCUGAAAAGUAAUAGUGACGUACAACCAUUGUUAGACCGUAUAUAAAAGAAAACAAUAUUUUUAUUAUCAUUGUCUCUCCAAUAGCUACAAAUCUUAAUUAUAUUGCUAAGCGAACUUACGAAUUUGAUGAUAAAAGCCGUUAUUUUUUAUACAAUUUUGAAUUUUUGACACUUAAUUAUUGUACUUAGUUAACAUUUUUAAUGAUUAUAGAUUUGUUAUAAGGUAUAUUUGGAGUUUAAUGCUUUAAGUAGAGUGAAAUAUGUACCUAAAUAGAUUUAUUAUGAUUGUUUUUAAUAAGAUAGUUUAAAUAGUUAGUUUUUUUACAUAAAAUUCACGGUUUAUACUUAAAACUUAUGUGAUUAUAAUUUAAUAAAAACAUAUUAAAUUAGUAAUGUUAUUGUAUAUUUAAGUAACAUUUUCACGUAAUAUGAAUGAGAUUUUUGAAUGUUUUUGUAGUAAUCUAACCAACGAAUUAGAAAUAAUAAUAGAAUACAAACUGCACUAAAUUUUUCCAUGCAAACUGCUAUCAAGUGGUCGGGGCGAAAAAACUGUGAUCAACACGCAGGUCAUGGGAUUGGUUGAGAAUUCCGUUUAACAUAACUUUACCCAAUGAAUAGAUAGCCGAAUUCAUUUGCAGAUAUUUUGAUUUGUCAAAGUAUUUUGUUUUUUCUGUGUUUGUGUCGCGUUGCUAUUGAAAUUUAGCUGUAUGCGUUUGGAACCAUGUUUUAGUGGCCUUUGUUAGAGAGUAAUGCUUCCAUAGCUAUUAUUCUAAUUUGUUGAAUGUAACACAAACUAACACAGAUCUGAUCUGAUAGACGGUAGUGGAGAGAUCCAAGUAUUAUAAAAAUAAGUAUUGAGUUAAGUGUUGAUUGCUUUUCUCUUAUUUAUUUUAAAAUACAUCUUUGCAAAAAGUAAGUAACGAAAGCGUUUAAAACCUUUGAAAAAAAAUAAUCUAAAGAAGGACCGCGGUAUCAUAAUGGUCAAGGCAUUCGCCCAGGUAACGAAGGGUGCUGGUUCGAGUCCCGUCUAAUGCCUGGUCAGCGAUGAUUUUUUUCUAGUAAAAUUUUCUUUAGAUUUAACAUCUAGCUAGUAUAAAAUUUAAUUUAGUUGAGGAAUGUAGGCCCUUAAAAAGUGCUGUUGACAAGCAAUAAGCAAACUCGUGCCGAAAUACAAACGCGCCCCGUUUCUGCAACAAUGUGGGUUUUCGGGAAUGACGGGGGUCAGGUGGCUACAGCACCGAGACGAAAGGUCUACUCAUCCGUCAAAUCACGUAUAUCGUUAUAGUCUAUGGAUCAAUUUAAAUGCUAGGUCGAUUAAUUCGCGCUAAAAACUUCAUACAACAUACAAAAGAUCUCUUGUCAUAGUGGCGCCAACUAGUGGCCAAAAUUUUCCUAAACACUCUCAUAGCUAAAUUUUAUUUGAGAACUUAUAUUUCUUUAUUAAGAAAUGUAAGGCUAAGCAAUAUAGUAAGAUAAAGGAAAGGUGACAAGAAGGACUAUGCAAAUUUUAAAACGACUACCUGUUGCAUGCGUUAUUGUUGUAUAUAUAUAUUGACGACCUCCGUGGCCGAGUGGUUUGUACGCCGGGUUUCAUGGCUGUCGCCGACUCGAGAGGUCCCGGGUUCGAAUCCCGGUGGGGGCAGAUGUUUAAUAUGUAUUUAUAUAAAUAAACUUAUAUAUGUACAGUAUAUGUAUUCUAUCCGUUACCCUAGCAUCCCAUAACACAAGCCUUAUAGUGCUUACUUUGGGGCUAGGCUAAUUGGUGUGAGUGUCGGAAAUAUUUAUUUAUAUUUAUUUAUUAUAUUUAUUAUUUGUAUGGUGUAUGUAUGUAUUUACUAAUGGUUUAUAUUAUGCUAGCGAUUUUCACCGCCGUCUCUUCCACUUCCUUCUAAUCCUCUCCAUUCAAAGGUUACCUGGAAGAAAUCGCUUUAAGGGAUAAUGCCGCCCAUUGCAUCACUUGUACAAGAUGGUUUUGUGCUUAAUGUUCAAUGUUGUUCGUGGUGUACAAUAAAGAGUUUUUGUAUUGUUGUACUCUAAAGUGACUUAUUUAUUCUUUUUAAAUUGGUAUGACUUUGAAUAAGAGUUGGUUCUUUCGUUUUCGAAAUUUCAGGCAGUAGGUGUUUAUCGACACGAACUAAGGUUUUGCACAAAAACAUGCGUUAAUUGAGAAAUAUGUUUAGUACUUAAUUUAUGUUCUUUGUAUUUUAUGGUCCAUUUAAGUUAGUACAAAAUUAUAAUUAUAUACUGAAUUGUAUUUAUGCAAUUAAAUUAUAAGAACUGAUAUUUUUGAUGGAUUUUAAUUAGGAGAAAAACAAUAGAUUAUUUCUUAAAAAUUACAAAGUUUCAUAAAAAAGUUUUUAUUAUUGAUUUAUUGCUGUAUAUGAAUUAUUGUUGUAAAUAGAUAGUAAUAUUAUACUUAACAAAAAUGUUGUAAAUGUUUAAAGUUAAGGUAAAAACUAAUAAGAAACUUAUUAAAUGUAACUCAAUCAGCAUUUAUUAAUAAUAAUUAAUACUACUAUAACAUUAUAAUCCUUUAUAAAAAACUAUGAAUUAAUUACUAUGGUAAAUAUUAAUGAUGAAAUAAAUAAUACUAAAACAAUUUUGUGUUUAAAUUCUUAUUCCUUUCUGUUUUAAAUAGAUAACUAAAAUUGCUGUCAGACUCAUGUAGAGAUUAAGUAUUAAUAAUGUCACUGUUGGAGAGUAAAAUAAUGUUCUUAUUGACAAAUUAAUAGCACCUGUACAUAAAUUUGCUAUUAAGAAAUAUAUAAGACCAUUAUCAUUAACUGCAGACAAGAUCAUAGGGACAGAAAAAUAAAUAGAUUUGUCUUGAAAUUGAACUUCAAUGAAAUACAAAAUUGUUAUUACAGUUAUUAGCACAGACUCUAAAUACAAACAAUAACCUGAAUUAGCGAGCGUUCUUGAUGUGGGUCUGUAGUGAUUAGCAAUAAAGGCUGCCAAGCAGAGAACUGUACAUAAGGCAACAAGUUUAAUCUGUAUCUGAAACCUACACGAGCUCUUAUCGAUUAAUAGUGAUUUUAAAUAUGCAGCAAAAAGAUACAAUGUUACAUAUCCAAGAGUAGAACUCAAGCCUUCUCUAUUAGCAUUUAUAAAAUUUGUUCUUGGUGUUUUACUGAACACCCAGUCUUCUAGACCUAUUAUCAAUAAAUAUUCAUGAACUAUCAACAUUAUAAUACUUGCUACCAUAGCAUGUUCUGUAUAUAAUAAAAUAAUAGUUGACAAUACUUUACAAAUUGCUAAUGUGAAGAAGAAAUUCCAAUGCACACCAUAUUCUGUGACAUGCUCUUGAUAAUCCAAUUGUUUAAUUGAUAUAAACCGUGCAACACCUAAGCAUGUCAAAAUAGAAACAAAUUUUAUAUUCCCUUUUAGUACUGAUGUAAAUUUAUGAUGCUUUAAAUUUUUGUGUACUAAACCACUCAUGAGAAUAAACAGGCCAACACCUGUAUCCAUGAGACUGUAGCCAUAAUUUUCAGUUUUAGCUAAAUAUCUUGGAAAACUAUUGAAGUCCACAGCUAAUAUACAAUAAGCAGUUAUCAAAUAAGUCAAACCUCUUAAAAAAGUAAUGGAAUGCAGUUUGUUACUUUUCAAAUUGUUCUCCAUAUUAAAUGAUUUUCGUAGUUUUAUUUCAGGAUAUAAGUUGUAGAGACAUUUCAGCAAUAAUAUGAGUAACAAUAAAUUCAAAAUGUAAAUAUAGUCUGCAAGAAUAGUAUGUGCAAGUGUUAAUGGCAGUAUUAUCACUGCAUAUUCAAAAUAAUACUGAUAUGCAGAAGGAUACUUAUUGUACAGAGCACAUAAAAUGGAACACUGAACUGUAAAAAAUAUGCAGAAAAAUGUAUGCAAUGCAGUUGAGCCAUGGUUGUUCUCCAUAAACGAUUCAUGAUACUUCUUGUAAUCCUUCUCAGACAUGUUAUAGAGGCUAACCUCCAUAAUUUGUCUUAUUCAUAAUAUCAUAGAUAAAAUAUUUUAAGGAUCACAGUUUCGAAGGAGUAAAUUAGCAUAAAAGUUUAUCUUAAGUGCAAAUAUAUUUAAAUCUUAGAUAGGCGGUAAAAUGAUCAAUUUUAUUAGUUUCUUUUCUUUUACUCCACGUUUCCAGUAACUUUUCUUAUGGUUUAGUUAAGUAUAAUAGUUUAGUUUUUAGACAACAACUUGCUUAGUUUUUAGCACUGUUUUUUUGGAAAAUAAAUAGACAUUAAUCUGGCAGCU